GGAAUCUGUGAUGGCGCCCCCUACAGGCGCGGAUCAAUUUCUCCCCUCUACUCUCCAGCUAAACCUGUUUGCCUGUCUGUAAGACACGCCAUAUUGUCAGCCUCAAGGAGCAAAGAGGCCUGACAGAAGCAGCAACACAUUCUGAUAAUGUCUGGACCAGUGACCAGCCGAUCCCGGGUUUACCCAGACGUGAACACACAGAGACCUCGCGAGUACUGGGACUACGAGUCGCAUGUUGUGGAGUGGGGGAACCAAGAUGACUACCAGCUUGUCCGUAAAUUGGGGCGUGGCAAAUACAGUGAAGUUUUCGAAGCUAUCAAUAUCACAAACAAUGAGAAAGUAGUUGUUAAAAUCCUCAAACCAGUAAAGAAGAAGAAAAUAAAACGAGAAAUAAAGAUCUUAGAGAAUCUGCGCGGUGGCCCAAACAUCAUCUCACUUUUAGACAUUGUCAAGGAUCCAGUGUCUCGAACGCCUGCUCUGGUUUUUGAACAUGUUAACAACACAGACUUUAAGCAAUUGUAUCAAACACUAUCAGACUAUGACAUCCGAUUCUACAUGUACGAGAUCUUAAAGGCCUUGGACUACUGCCACAGUAUGGGAAUCAUGCACAGAGACGUCAAGCCCCAUAACGUCAUGAUUGAUCACGAGCACAGAAAGCUUCGUCUGAUAGACUGGGGCCUGGCUGAGUUUUACCACCCAAGUCAGGAGUACAAUGUCAGAGUGGCCUCCCGAUACUUUAAAGGACCUGAACUACUCGUUGACUACCAGAUGUAUGACUACAGUUUAGACAUGUGGAGUUUAGGCUGCAUGUUGGCCAGUAUGAUUUUCAGGAAAGAACCAUUCUUCCAUGGACAUGACAACUAUGAUCAGCUUGUACGAAUUGCCAAAGUUCUGGGCACAGAAGACCUAUAUGACUAUAUUGACAAAUACAACAUCGAACUUGAUCCACGGUUCAAUGAUAUCUUGGGCAGACAUUCCAGGAAGAGGUGGGAGAGGUUUGUGCAUAGUGAGAACCAGCACCUGGUCAGUACUGAAGCUCUGGACUUUCUAGACAAGCUUCUGCGCUAUGACCAUCAAGCUCGCCUCACAGCCCGGGAGGCCAUGGAGCACCCAUACUUCUAUCCCAUAGUAAAAGAUCAGGCAAGGAUGGGCUCUACAUCGGGGCUUUCCACUGGCUCCACUCCCGUCAGCACCUCCAGCAUGAUGACUGGUAAAAUUUUCCCCGAGCCAUUUUAACCCAUGUUCAGAUUACCCCAACUAGGUAAUCAUCUCUGCAAGGAGGCAUCACAUCCAUGUCGUCGUCACAGCCCAUGGCCAACAUGACUGCUUCUCCUGUCAUCCCCUCACCCAGCACCCUAGCCACACAAGUCCCCACUGCUGCUGGUGCGCAACCCUGAUGAGGAUUAGCUCUCUCAACGCUGUUUCCAGCCCUCGUUUUUACUUUUAUUACAACACGCUGAGCAGAGACAGAAUUGUAUUUGUUUUCUUUUUUCCUUUUGUUUGUUUCCAUUCAGUAAUUCUAUAUUGAGAUUCAGGCACAUACCAGAUAUUGUCCGGCUGAAAAUGUAGCUGCUGUAUUUUAUGAUGGUGUCUAGAGAAGCAACUACACUGUAGAAAUUUAAAAAAAAAAAAAAAAAAAAAAAAGGAUAAUAAAAUUAAUUUUAUAUGUC